AUGCUUGCUACUGCUGCAAAGGCUACUUUUAGUGCUGCUCGUACCUUCGCUACGGCCAACGCUCCCAGAAUUCUGAUCACUGGUGCUUGCGGACAGAUUGGUACCGAGUUCGUUACUCUUCUCCGUAAGAAGUACGGUGUUGAGAACGUCAUUGCUUCGGAUCUCCGCUUCCCGAACAGAGAGUUCCAGACCUCGGGUCCCUCCGCGUUCUUGGAUGUGACUGACAAGAACAACGUGACCCGCCUUGUGGCCGAGAACGGAAUCACCUGGAUCAUUCAUCUGGGCGCUCUGCUGUCCGCUAUCGGUGAGAAGAUGCCCCAGAAGGCUCUGGAGGUGAACGUGCACGGUUCGGAGAACAUCAUCGAGGUGGCUCGCCAGUACAAGUGCCGUCUGUACAUUCCUUCGACGAUCGGCGCGUUCGGUCCCUCGACCCCCAAGGAGAUGACCCCCGAUGAGACCAUCAUGCGUCCCACGACGAUGUACGGUGUGUCCAAGGUGCAUCUGGAGCUGCUCGGCGAGUACUACCACCGCACCCAGGGUCUGGACUUCCGCAGCUGCCGCUACCCCGGCAUCAUUUCGAACAAGGCGCUGCCUGGCGGUGGCACGACGGAUUACGCCAUCGAUAUCUUCUACGAGGCGAUUAAGCACCACCACUACACUUGCUUCCUGGGCCCCGACACCCCGCUGCCCAUGAUGUACAUGCCCGACUGUCUGCGUGGAACGCUGGAGCUGAUCGAGGCGGACCGCAGCAAGCUGACGCAGUGCGUGUACAACAUCGCGGCCAUGACGUUCACGCCCGCGCAGCUGGCGGAGAACAUCAAGAAGUACAUGCCCGACUUCACGAUCGACUACAAGCCGGACAGCCGCCAGGCGAUCGCGGACUCGUGGCCGUACUCGCUGGACGAUAGCCACGCUCGCAAGGAUUGGGGAUGGAAGGAGGAGUACGACAUGGACGCGUUGACGCGCGACAUGCUCACGGAGAUCGAGAAGAAGCUGAUGAACGCUAAGAACUAA